AUAAAGAAGAAGAUUAAGAAAUAAAUACCGAACAAACCGCCACAACAAGAACCGCCAUCAUCAAACGGACGCGCCUGAAAUGCCUAUCCAUAUUUUACGUGUUUUAUGCUUGUGAAGACCCGCGAAACAUACCUCUGAAAGCCGGUCAAAGUUAAACAAAUUGCACAGAAGUAGCGAUCUUAUAGAACAGAAGUAUACAAACCACAACAGGUGCGCCCAUCAAGGAGUAUAAGGUGGUAAUAGAAUCAUUGUAAAUUGGGUUGUAAAGCAGCUAAAUAUUGAUGUGCUUUCUUCACGAAAUCGUCCUGAACUCCGGUCCGGAUAUAGAGGAUCGAUUAUAAAUCGAUAAAUCAAGGAGUAUAGAGAAUAUUUAAUAAUACAAACACCGUUAUCAGCAAGACCAUGGCGGCUACAACUGCUUCAGAAUUAAAUGCAGGUGUAAAAAAGCGAAAUUUAUCAACGGAAGAUGCAGACGAUACAGGCGCAGGAAUCGAUGCAGAAGAUGACGAAGAUCAGGCAGGAUCUGGCACACAGACUACGAACAAAAGAAAAAAGCGAGAAAGGGUUCCCAGAAGGGCAUGCACAUGCUAUUACUGUGAAGUAGAUACGGGUGAGGAUCGGACGAAUCAACACAUAUGCUUUGUUAGCGGCUGUAAUAAGGUGUUCCGUAAGCCGUCUGUUUUGCGAGACCAUAUACGAUUGCAUAUGGGUGAACGACCCUAUAAAUGUAGCUGGGACAAUUGUGACAAACGUUUUACGCGUUCGGAUGAAUUGAGGCGACAUCGGCUGAUACACACGGGUGAAAGGAAUCAUGAAUGCAGUGAGUGUAAAAAGAAAUUUAUGCGAAGCGACCACCUGUCGAAACAUAUGAAAAUUCACCACAAACAGAAAUGCGAUCAUAACGACUCAGGAUCUAACGACUCUGGAACCUCAGAUAGUAACAAAUAAAAAACGGCUAGUAAAUAGUAUUAUGCUCGAUAGCAUUGUUUAAUUGUCCUCGAUGUAAACAGUAACCUUUUAUACCUAAAAUGUAAAUAUCAAAACGAAUCUGGUAACGUGAA